AUGCAAAUCCUCUCGUGUAUCGCCUUCACCGCUGCCUCACUCUUUGGCGUCGCUUGCGCAGGAUACAUUCCUCACGGACAUGCCUCCAGUUACGCCUCGGUUCUUCAACACACUGACGGACACUAUGGUUAUGGCAGCCACGACAACUCCCUGCACUAUUCUGGACAUGGCUAUGCUCACCACGACCACCACUACGAGCACCACGAACCCCACCAUUAUCCCAAGUACUCUUUCGAGUAUGGCGUAAAGGACGCACAUACCGGUGAUCAUAAGAGCCAAUGGGAGCACCGUGAUGGUGAUCAUGUCAAGGGAGGAUAUACCUUGGAGGAAGCUGAUGGCACCACACGCGUUGUGGAGUACACCGCCGAUGAUCACAACGGCUUCAACGCGGUUGUCAAGAAAAUCGGCCAUGCCCACCAUCCUCAGGCAUAUCACCAUGGCGCUUAUAACAGCCACUUCUGAAAUAUUUGAUAUCUAUUAAGGACAGCCCCAACGA